AUGCCUCAGAGUGACCUGUAUACCAAAGAACCUUAUCGGCCUUUGGGGCCACUCGUUAAGUGCAGUUUUUUACCUUUAGAAUUUCUGGAUUGUGAUGAGCCAGUUGACCAUAAGGGUAACGAAACAGCAAAAAAAGCGGUCAAGCAUGGAUGUGUUAGAUUUGGAGGUGCUCGAUUUGAAGAUGUGGAAAUAACAAAAGUUCAAUGCAAGGCAUUAGAUGGAAUCGAAUGCUAUGGAAGUAGAAGUUUCCUUCGAGAUGGAUUUCCAUGUGUAAGAUAUUCAGGUCACUACUUCACUACUACAUUAAUAUACAGUAUUUUACUGGGAUUCCUUGGUAUGGAUAGAUUUUGUUUAGGUCAAACGGGUACAGCUGUAGGUAAGCUUUUAACUUUAGGGGGACUUGGUAUCUGGUGGAUUGUUGAUGUUGUAUUAUUAAUAACAAAUAAUUUACAUCCUGAAGAUGGAAGUAAUUGGAAUCCAUAUGUGUAA